CUUCCAGAAAUUUGCAGAUCACUCACCCUCGUCCCGCCCCUGCCACUCCCCUACUCCUCCUGUCCCGCAGUCGGAGCGGCUUUACUUGUGUGUGUAUCGCUGCAGGCCUUACUCAUGGGCUCACCGCUGAGGUUCGACGGGCGGGUGGUACUGGUCACCGGCGCGGGGGGAGGAUUGGGCCGAGCCUAUGCCCUGGCUUUUGCAGAAAGAGGAGCAUUUGUUAUUGUGAAUGAUUUGGGAGGGGACUUCAAAGGAGUUGGUAAAGGCUCCUUGGCUGCUGAUAAGGUUGUUGAAGAAAUAAGAAGGAAAGGUGGAAAAGCAGUGGCCAACUAUGAUUCAGUGGAAGAAGGAGAGAAGAUCGUGAAGACAGCACUGGAUGCGUUUGGAAGAAUAGAUGUUGUGGUCAACAAUGCUGGAAUUCUGAGGGAUCGUUCCUUUGCUAGGAUAAGUGAUGAAGACUGGGAUAUAAUCCACAGAGUUCAUUUGUGGGGCUCCUUCCAAGUGACACGGGCAGCAUGGGAUCACAUGAAGAAACAGAAAUAUGGAAGGAUUAUUAUGACUUCAUCAGCUUCAGGAAUAUAUGGCAACUUUGGACAGGCAAAUUAUAGUGCUGCAAAGUUGGGUCUUCUGGGCCUUGCAAAUACUCUUGCACUAGAAGGCAGGAAAAGCAACAUUCAUUGUAACACCAUUGCUCCCAAUGCUGGAUCACGGAUGACUCAGACAGUUAUGCCUGAAGAUCUCAUCGAAGCCCUGAAGCCAGAGUAUGUGGCACCCCUUGUCCUUUGGCUUUGUCACGAGAGCUGUGAGGAGAAUGGUGGCUUGUUUGAGGUUGGUGCAGGAUGGAUUGGAAAAUUACGCUGGGAGCGGACGCUUGGAGCCAUUGUAAGACAAAAGAAUCACCCAAUGACCCCUGAGGCAGUGAAGGCUAACUGGAAGAAGAUCUGUGACUUUGAGAAUGCCAGCAAGCCUCAGAGUAUCCAAGAAUCAACUGGCAGUAUAAUUGAAGUUCUAAGUAAAAUAGAUUCAGAAGGAGGAAUUUCAGCAAAUCGUACUAGUCAUGCAACAUCUACAGCAACAUCAGGAUUUGCCGGAGCUGUUGGCCAGAAACUCCCUUCAUUUUCUUCUGCUUAUACGGAACUGGAAGCUAUUAUGUACGCCCUUGGAGUGGGAGCAUCAAUCAAGGAUCCAAAAGAUUUGAAAUUUAUUUAUGAAGGAAGCUCUGAUUUCUCCUGUUUGCCCACCUUCGGAGUUAUCAUAGGUCAGAAAUCUAUAAUGGGUGGAGGAUUAGCAGAAAUUCCUGGGCUUUCAAUGAACUUUGCAAAGGUUCUUCAUGGAGAGCAAUACUUGGAGUUAUAUAAACCACUUCCCAGAGCAGGAAAAUUAAAAUGUGAAGCAGUUGUUGCUGAUGUCCUAGAUAAAGGAUCCGGUGUAGUGAUUAUUAUUGACGUGUAUUCUUACUCUGAGAAGGAACUUACAUGCUACAAUCAGUUCUCUCUCUUUCUUGUUGGCUCUGGAGGCUUUGGUGGAAAACGGACAUCAGACAAAGUCAAGGUAAACUAUGGCUUAAUAAGCAAAAUAUAUGUGUAGUAAAGGAUUCUUACC